UUCUGCGUUAUAAGAUUACAAUAAGUUAUAACCACAAGCAGGUUAAGUAAAAGUACAGGUCUUGGUCUCUUGUGUAGCCUACUUUUACUUUCGCUUCCAGUUUGUCGUCUGCUAGAUUUAAGCAAAUAUAAAUGUAAGACUUUUACUAUUACAGUUUAUGGAACAAAAGGCAAUAAAAUCAUUUUGGCAAUAAUAUAAUCGAGCUAACCUACCUCAAUUUUUGAGAAUAUAUAUAUGGUAUAAAGUAUAUUUUAAAUUUUGAAAACAAUUUCAUGUAUGGUAUAAGAUAAAAAGGUAGUUAAAAGGGCAUAUCUAGUUUUACUUUUUAUUGUUCCUUAAUCCUUAAUAGGAAACAUACUUUUACAUGUAACCAUCGCAAAAUGGCCUCCAAAGUCAUCCUUGCACUCACAGCCCUCUCUGCUUAAGCAGUGGCUUAUUGUGACAACAGUGCUUCUAUCUGUUGUUAUGAAGCCGGGUUCUGAACGAAAAGUGUUCAAGACUUAUUCAGUCCCAACUGGCUGCGUGAAAGAACAGACGUUAUCGGGAGCACAGACUUGGAUGAAGUGCAUAUUUUGAAAAGCAGCAUUUUGAAGAAUUUCAAAAAUGCGGGGACAUCUAAAUAUUCUUAAAUUUCCUGAUUCAGCAUUUGCAAAAAUGAGGAGCAUAAAAAUUUUCAGAUCAAAAUUGUGGAGGCAUUGUUUUGUUCAACCUGGAUGGAGGUCAGUCUACUGUACACCACGUUUAGAAAAGCAGCAUGACCAUGAAGCAAUGUCUAAAAUAAGGAACAUUGGAAUAAUGGCUCAUAUUGAUGGGGGGAAGACAACAACCACGGAGAGAAUGCUCUAUUAUUCAGGCUUUUCUAAGCAUUUGGGAGAUGUAGACCACGGUGACACAGUAAUGGACUACAUGGAACAAGAACGAGACAGAGGCAUCACUAUAACAUCUGCUGCGAUCACAUUUCACUGGGCAGGCUACAAGAUUAAUCUAAUUGAUACACCAGGUCAUGUUGAUUUUACGGUGGAAGUUGAGAGAUCUCUGCGAGUGCUUGACGGUGCAGUUGCAAUUCUGGAUGCCUCAGCAGGUGUGGAGGCUCAGACACUGACAGUCUGGCGUCAGGCUGACAACUAUCACAUUCCACGGCUGGUCUACCUCAAUAAAAUGGACAAACCAGGGGCUUCCUUAGAACUUUGUCUUCAGUCUCUACAGAAAAAACUCCACGUGACCCCUCUGGUGCUGAACCUGCCUGUGGGAAGUGGCAGGGAGUUCACUGGUGUUCUGGACUUGGUCAACCUGGAGAAGCUGACCUGGGAUCCGACCAGCAGCAGAGAUGGCAGUAGCUUUACAAAAAUACCCAUUGAUAUCGAGGAGGGCUCGGCUGAUUCUGAGCGGGUUCUGAAAGCACGGGCAGAUUUGAUUGGUCAGCUGGCAGAUAUGGACGAACACAUUGCUGACCUGGUUUUGUGCGACACCAAGUUGACAGACAUUCCUGUUAAGGAUUUGAUCUCUGCUGUAAGGACUGCAACACUCCAACAGAAAGUUGUACCUGUUUUUUGUGGCAGUUCUUUGAAAAAUAAAGGUGUUCAGCCCCUCCUUGAUGCCGUGGGAUUGUUCUUGCCGAGCCCUAUGGACAUAAGCUACGGUUUUGCCAAGUAUUAUGAGAGUCAUCUGUGUGCCUUAGCCUUCAAAGUACAGUAUGACAAACAGAGAGGUCCCCUCACCUAUGUCAGGAUUUACUCUGGAAUGCUCAACAGUGGUGCUCACGUGUUCAAUAUCAAUCGUGGAAAAACUGAGAAGACCAGUCGCCUUUUGCAAGUAUAUGCUGAUGAACUUCAUGACAUUUCUGCUGCUGUUGCUGGCAACAUUAUUGCCAUCGCUGGCCUCAAGGAGACUUUCACAGGGGACACGAUUACAUCUACUAUGAGCACUGCUAAGGAGGCGGCUCACAACUAUGUAAGAGAAAUGAACAAGGAAAAGAAACAGAAGACCAGUGAAGAGUUGAAAGCGUCUGAACUCAGCUCAAAGGAAAGCUUAGAAAAUGAGGACCUUGUAGAAAAAGACCAUGUGACAAAUGACAUGAUCCCAGUGCUUGCUGGUAUGGCUGUACCGGAUCCUGUUUUUUUCUGCUCUGUGGAACCGUCUUCCAUGUCAGUGCAAAAGAACCUUGAUGCUGCUCUAGAUAACUUACAGAAGGAGGACCCCAGCCUGAGGGUGGAAAUCAACUCUGAAACUGGACAGACAGUAUUGUCUGGGAUGGGAGAACUUCAUCUGGACAUCAUCAAAUCACGCCUUCAGAAAGAGUAUGGACUGGAUGUAGACCUGGGGCCCCUCCAAAUUGCUUACAGGGAGACUGUCAUUGAAGAUGCAGAUGCCUGUGAGACUCUGGACAAAACACUGGGAGGCAAACAUCAGUUUGUGCAGAUUAGGCUGUCUGUCCAUCCUGACUUGGAAGAAAGAGAGUUCAAGCACGUGCUUCUGGAACGAACACCUGAUCAUCCUUUAAAUCUGAAGCACAAAGUUGCCAAAGCUGUCGAGAGUGGCAUCAAGUCUGGACUGUCCCAUGGUGUCUUGUUGAAUUUCCCUGUAAUUCAUACGAGAGUCUGUCUCCAUGAGUUCACCACGCACUACCACACCACACUACCCAUGAUAACAGCUGCUGCUGCCAUGGCAACACAGAAAGCUCUGAGGCUGGCUGGAUCUGUUCUUCUAGAGCCAAUGAUGGGAAUGGAGAUCACCACAGAGGAAGACAAAGCAGAUAGUGUUCUUUCAGACCUGGGCAAACGAAGAAGCCACAUCCUGAACGUGACCUCACGACUGGACGCCAGAGUGAUCAGUGCAGUGACCCCUCUACAAGAGCUGAUGGGCUACUCCACCGAGCUGAGAACCAUCACCUCUGGUACAGCCUCCUGCUCCAUGGAACUGUCCCACUAUGAAAAGAUGAGUGAGGAAGAGAUACAGAAAGUUACAGAGCGCAUCACAGGCUUUCAUCCAUCCGCUGUCUACUAGUCUACUUUCUAUAUCUGUGAUCUUUUGGGUGGGGGUCAUAUACAGCGGGGUCCGCUUGAACUUAAAUCGAAAUUUGCAGGACCGCCAAUUUUUUUCGGGGGGUGAAACCUGAACAUACACAUUUAACGAGCCAAGCAGUCACGCAGUGUGCAGCGGCGUGUUAUAGGCGGCGGUAAAGUAGGUCAAGUGUGUUGGAUGAGAGAGAUUCUUCCUCUCGCCUAUGAUGCUAAUGGAUUUCGUGGAGUCGGCAGAUCUACUAAAAUUCGCGAUAAUCAAGGUCAAGGUUGAAGUUGAAAUGCAUAUAAGA